AUGUUUGCCCUCCUUCCCAAGACUUUCUGUGGAUUUUUACCACUCCGUUAUGGCGUCUUCGCCCUCUCGAUGAUGAUGAUGUCAGGUGCAAUAAUAGUAACCAUCACAGCUUGGGCACAAGUCAUGCAACUUGCAGCUCAUCCCGUUCCUCUCAGCGACGAGACUGCGUUGUUUUUUCACUCCAUUAUUUUCACUUUGCUCGCCAUGUUCGGAGUAUUAGGAAUCGUAGCAGCGUUAUUGAAGAAACGCCCUGUGCUUAUCCUGUUUCUCGCCCUACUCGUCCUCCAUCUGUUCGUUGGCAUCUGUGCUGGAGCAUUCGUACUAUCCGUCCUCUUUCGAGGGAAUCCCCCAGAGGCCGUUAAAAGAUGUCUGAACGGAGCAAAAGACAGUUUGACAAACACGGUCUGUGCGAAUGGCAUUGCCAUACAGAAGCCGGUUGCCGUGAUUCUUUACAUUGCGAGUUGGCUCCUGGAAACAUAUACGGCCAUGAUGAUUUACAGUUUUGUGCGCCAGCUUGCUCAAGAAAGUGACCAAGCUCCCGAAAUUGAUGGCGCUCCUGCCAGUGUGGAUGAAAUGCGUAUGCCCUACAAGCCCAGCCAUUCUGCAAACAACUCCAUAACCAUCAGCAACAUCAGUCAACCAGCACCUGGCAUGAAUAUCGGAUACGCUUUCACUACUGUAGAGCCGAAUUUCGGUGAUGUGUCCAACAGGCCGAUGAGGACACCAAGGACAUAUAAUUACGUGUAG